CUGUCUUUCAUUCCUCAGAAGAAGACUCCAUCUUCUCCUUUGUCAUGGAGAAGGUUAAGGAUUCCAAGGUUGCAUACUAUGCGAACAAGCUCGCCGUCGAGUCUGAGCCGGGUCUCACGACGGCCCAGCUCAUGCUGUUCAACCACGAUCUCAAACCCGUCGAACCUGAGCGCAGGCAAUGGGGUGCUUGGAAUUUCGUUGGGUUUUGGGUUGCUGAUUCAUUCAACAUCAACACCUGGAUGAUCUCGUCGUCUAUGAUCGUUGAAGGCCUCUCCUGGUGGCAAUCCUGGCUCUGCGUCUGGUUUGGCUAUGCCAUUGCUGCGUGCUUCGUGUGCAUGACUGGUCGCAUCGGUGCUACGUAUCACAUAUCUUUUCCCGUCGUCUCUCGUGCCUCUUUCGGCAUUUGGGGAGCACUAUGGCCUGUCUUCAACCGAGCUGCUAUGGCUUGCAUCUGGUACGGCGUGCAGGCAUGGAUUGGGGGUGAAUGUGUGUAUCUGAUGAUCCGCAGCAUCUGGAAUGACUGGCGACCAGACAACAUACAUAACGGCAUCCCGGGUUCUGGCACUAACACUGUGAUGUUUGUUAGUUUCUUCCUCUUCUGGGCCGGCUCUCUUCCUGCCAUUUGGUUCCCCGUGCACAAGAUUCGCCAUUUGUUCACCGUCAAGGCUUACUUCGUGCCCACCGCUGGUAUUGCUUUCUUCAUCUGGGCUAUCGUUCGCGCCAAAGGCAUUGGACCUAUUGUCCACCAACCGGGAACAGCACACGGCUCUGACUUAGGCUGGAAGAUGAUCCGAGGCAUCAUGUCCUCUAUUGCCAACUUCGCCACACUCAUUGUCAACGACCCUGACUUUGCUCGGUUCGCCCGCAAGCCUCGAGACGCCCUCUGGUCACAGCUGAUCACCAUCCCCGUUGGCUUUGCCGUAACAUCCUUCAUUGGUAUCAUCGUCUCCUCCUCAUCUACUGUCAUAUUCGGUGGCGACCCUAUCUGGAACCCGCUCGACCUUCUCGGGCAAUUCCUCGAAGAAGGUGGCAACGGCCAACGCUUCGGCGUCUUCAUCAUCAGCGCGGCCUUCACGCUCGCCCAACUCGGCACCAACAUCGCUGCAAACUCCGUCUCCGCUGGAACAGACAUGACAGCGCUCCUUCCUCGCUACCUCAACAUCCGCCGGGGCGGCUACAUUUGCGCCCUUGUUGGCCUGGUCAUGUGCCCCUGGAACCUCCUCAAAUCAUCAAACAGCUUCACAACAUACCUUUCCGCAUACUCUGUCUUUCUCUCCUCCAUCGCCGGCGUCAUAAUCUGCGAUUACUACAUCGUCCGUAAAGGCUACCUCGAGAUCAAAGAACUUUACUCUGGCAAGAAAACCGACCCAUAUUAUUUCACCUACGGCUUCCACCUGCGGGGAUAUACCGCCUACAUCGCUGGCAUUCUCAUCAACGUCGUCGGAUUCGCUGGCGCAAUCGGUCGCAAGGUUCCAGUGGGGGCACAGCGUAUCUACGAUCUCAAUUUCUUCUGCGGAUUUCUCAUCGCUGGGGGCGUAUAUUGGUCGUUAUGCAAGAUCUUCCCAAUUCCAGCGACUAGUGAGACGUGGUUGGAGGUUGGGGACGAGAUUAGGAAUGUUAGUGUUGCAUAUGCGAAUGAUAGUGAUAAUGGGUAUGAUGAGGAGGUUAUGGCAGGUGGGAAUGGAAAGGGGUCCGCUGGAGAGGAAAUUUCGUCGAAAAACUUCUAG